AUGGUGGAUGAUGAAGGUAUGGAUGGAUUGGAGAUGGAGGGACUACUGUAUGAGAUAGCUGAUGAGGUGGAUGAUGAUUUAUUUCAGUUGAUACCUCUGGACCCCGAUUUUCAUGAAAUGAACUAUGAUAACCAGGACAUGAUGGACAUAGACCAGGAGCAGGAAGAGCAAGAAGAGCCAGUAGCCGGUCCAUCUAGGCAUAGAGGAGCUUUGGCAGAGGAGGAAGAUUCUCGGGUCACAGAUACUCAUCCUACUGCUGGGAGGGUCAUAAGAAUGGAGGAGAUGGUGCAUGCUAAAUGGCGAACACAAUUUGGAUUAGGUGAUGGAGGAGAAGAGGCGGGAUCAGAGAAUUCUGACGAUGAAGAUGAUACUUUAUUCUACCCAUUUGCAUCAUGCCUGGACUGGCAGGUAGCAUGUUGGGCUGUGCAAGAGGGUGUAGAUAGCAUCCCUCCCUGUGCAAAAUGGCAAUCAACUUACUUGGCCUUCGAUGAUAAACCGGACUAUAAGCAUGAACUACACUACCGUGAUCCAUUGGAAGCCAUUCAAAUGUUGCUCGGAAACCCUGCUCAUGCUGAAGAUAUCGUAUAUAAGCCUUCAAAAGUAUUUACUGACACAUCUCGUUCUACGCGCAUAUAUAAUGAGAUGUGGACAGGUCGUUGGUGGCAUGCAGUCCAGGAUAGACUUCCUCAGGGAGCAUCUGUAGCUCCGGUGAUUAUCACUACCAACAAAACCCAGCUUACAAGAUUUUCUGCAUCCAAAUCGGCAUAUCCAGUCUAUCUUACACUUGGCAAUAUACCCAGAGCCAUCCGUCGCAAAUCCAGUCAGCAUGCCUGUAUCCUGAUAGGGUAUUUAUCGGUGGAUAAGAUCAUAAAGGAGGAACUAUCUGCUAGAGAAGUAUCUUCCAGGGUACAAUGUCUCUUCCACGACUCCCUUCGAAUCAUUUUGAAACCACUCAAAGAUGCAGGAGAAAGCGGAAUAGAGGUUGUGGGUGGAGAUGGUCUUGUACGCCUGGUGUUUCCCAUUCUGGCUUGCUACGUGGCCGAUUAUCCUGAGAAAUGCUUGGUUACCUGUACCAAGUACAGUACAUGUCCCAAGUGUAGGGCUAGAGCCAAUGAAUUGGCUGAAAUACAAAGUUUUGCCAGACGUACACAACAUUGGACCUCAUCAGUUAUUGACCAUGCCAAUAUAUCCACAAAGACCAACUCUGCCUUCCGUACACAGUGCAUGUCUCAAGAUGUAGCUGGAGGGGUAUUUGAGCCUUUUUGGCUUGAUUUCCCUCAUUGCGAUAUUCAUUUGGCUAUCACAUCUGACGUACUUCAUCAACUCUAUCAAGGCAUAUCUAAGCAUAUGGUCAAGUGGUGUCAGGAGCUCAUGGACGAAGAAGAACUGGAUCAAAGACUUAGAACUCUUCCUCCUUGUUAUGGCGUCCAUCACUUUCAUAAGGGCUGGUCUGCUUUGGGUCAGGUCGGUGGAAAAGGGAGAAAACAAAUGGCUAGAGUGCUAUUGGCUUGUUUGGUUGGCAAGGUUCCAAGAGGUGUCAUCCUGGCAUAUCGUGCCCUCCUGGAUUUUAUCUAUCUUGCACAAUAUCCCACUCAUGAUGAAGACACUCUGGCAUACAUGCAACAAGCCUUGCAAGAUUUUCACCUUCAUAAGGAAGUCAUCAUUAAUCUGGGUAUCAGAGACGAUCUUGAUAUCCCAAAAUUCCAUUCCUUGCAACACUACUUGGAAAACAUACGAAACUUCGGAACCACGGAUAACUAUAACACAGAGAUGUUUGAAAGAUUUCAUAUUGAUUUUUGUAAAGAGGGGUGGUAUGCUUCCAAUGGAAGAAAUGAAAGGCCUCAAAUGAUCUCUUGGCUAACUAGAAGAGAGAAGGUCGUUUCAUUUCAAAGCUAUCUCAAGAUGUCUAUGGAGGAUGAAGAAGAGGAGUUUGCCCACUCAAGGUUUAGAGAUCAUAGAGUUAUCCUUAUUAAAAGACCUCAUCAGCUUCACCGGAAUAUCCUGGAGGUUAUGCAAGAUCAUGCUUGCAAAGGCUUCAAGAAAGAUCUCAUCACCUAUCUUAACACUCAGUUGCCUCAACCUCAUUCACGCGGUGUCUUCUUAGAUAGAUGA